AUGGCCCAAAAUAGCACAGCAAGACCUCAAUCUCAGGAGAACCCACACAAAACCCAAGCAACUAACCCACCCCAAGCCAAAGUCAAAGAGGCUCGAAUCCAAGCGGCCAAAUGCGAACUGGUGGACGCACUCCCGGAUCUCAGGGCUAUAGCAACGCCGAUCAGAUCGCGCUGGUGGAUGCGGUCCAACAAAUCUUCCCCUUGGGAGCUAAUGAGUGGACAAAGGUCCAAUCAAUAUAUAACUCGUACGCAUCUUCGAACCGACGAUCAUUACGACUAA